CGUGGUAGCGAACUCAUUAGCAUUUGAUGUCAGUAAGAAGGACCUCACACAUGCCCUUGUUUAUGGUGUAUAUUUGAAGCGAUCUUGGAAUUACGACGGUCACCGACAGAGGAGAAACAAAAGUAGACAUCGGGGGUUAAAAAUACUGUGAGAUCGUCCAGCAGGGACAGUAACUUUUACCGAAAGAUUGGUAAGCGUUGCUAGUGAGAUAUUCAAAAGUACAUACCAAUUUGAAGAAAGAUGCCACCGGUAGGCUCGGUAUCCAUUCCAACUAUUUCACCAUUAAAACUGCCAGAGGCGGGAAAACCACUGAAUCAUAUUGAUACAAAUACAAAUGUAGAAAUAAAAUCAGCUACCCCAGGGUCAUCAAUAUUUUUUACAACAAAUGGAACGCGUCCAGAUCCCUUUUCCAAACCGGGGAGCAAAGGAGGAACAAUCCGCUACAAAGGGCCAUUUCAACUGAAUGAUGGUCGACGCAUCGUGAAAGCGGUGGCCUUGUCAAGGGAUGGUCAGAAUGAGAGUAAGGUUGUGAGUAAAGCUUUCCUGGUGGAAUAUGCACCUCCUUCAGAUGAUGAAAUUAUAGACGAUGAACAAACAUUCCAAAUGGAUACAAGGAGAUCAACAUUCCGUGGCACAUCAGCCAGAGAUGUUGGUAUGAUGUCACAAAGUUUCAAUCCAGGCUAUUCAAAUAAUUACUAUAACGAAUACUCAGCGCCCCCACAGGGUAGAACUCAGACAUCUAUGGGAUUCACUACUAAUGGAAAUCCGUACAAUACUUAUAGCGGCCCUGUAGAACGGAUAAUGGAUAACAGAUAUGCUGGUCGAGGAAAUCCAAAUUCUGAUUACUUUUUCCAUUACCACGUACAUGAGACGCCACGCCCACAACCAUCAUUUAACACACCUCAAACAUGGCAGCCAGUAACCAUGCCAGUGCAGGGAAUACCAGGUGUGAUGAACUCUACGCAAGGCACGCAGACGGCCGGCAUGUUCUACCCAACACAAGACCAAGUUAAAAGACUACAAGAACAGGAUGACGAGAUUAGGUCACUGAGAGACAGUGGUAGCGGCAACCAGAGAACCAAGCUGACGGACACCAGUCCUGGAAAAGGUUACUGGAAGAAACAACUUCAACAUAUUGCAGCACACUUGGAAGCCUACGCACAGAAAGACGUUGAUUUCAGAGAAGCAAUUGGCCAUCCACGCAUGGGCAAGAUAAACUUCGCUGCGGUAGAUGAUGAGUAUGAAGAUGAAAUAACUAUAUCUGUCACUUUACAACUCAAAGAUAGACCACCACAAAGAGGUGGGACAAUGAAGAAUGCCAUAACCUAUGACAAUGACCGAACUCGAACAACACCAAAGAAGCCAGUUAGAACCACCAAGAAAUCUCCACCAAAGAUGUCUAAGCAAGGACAAUUAACUGGGGCUGAUUACAAAUUACUGAAGGAACUUGGUCCGCGAGCUUCUGGAGAUCCAGAUGAAGUCACAGACUUACUGGAUGAGGAAGUUAUACAUCCCUAUUUCAAAUGA